AUGUUAAAUUAUCAUCAACCACAACAGCAUCAGGAGCAAAUGGCAACAAGUAUGACCACAACAAUAACGCCAUCGUCAAACAAUUCAACAACGACAUCCGCUACACUAUCAUCAGCAACGGAUAACAAUACAAUGCCAUUAAAUUUUUACUCCACUUCCCAACAUCAUAAUCAUCACAAUCAUCAUCAUCAACACCACCAGCAGCAGGAACUAUCACCCACAGUUACAGCCACCUGUUCGUCUUUACAACAUUUGCAUACGUUAACAAACAAUAACAAUUAUAUUUUGACCUCGUCAUCAUUAUCAUCAGCAGCAGCAGCAGCUGCAGCCUUGGACAAACAGACAACAACAUCAUCAUCAUCCUCCUCAACAUUGUAUCAUAAUCAAAUAUGCACAAAAUUAUCAUCGCCAGCAUCUGCUUCAGAAUCCUCAUCAACUUCAUUGUCCACAACAAAAAUUUCGCCGAAUCUUACUGCUGCAUCAUCCAUCGCCACCGCCUCCACCAACUCAACAAUACCAGUUGCGACAACAUUUCUAUUUGAAAAAGGUUCGGAGAAUGUUAAACGGUUUUCCGUUAAUAAUUUAUUAGAGUUAGCAGCGGUACAACAAGAUUAUCAUCACCAACACAAUACACAACAACAACACCACCAUCACAAUCACCUACACAAUCAUCACCAGCAACAACACAUUACAAACAAACUACAAAUGCAUCAUCAACUUCAGCAGCAGGACCAGCAACAUCAACAGUCACUUUUGUCACAUGGGGAUAAUUUUGACGAUACAUUUCCAAAUGAAUUUGGCUCUUCGUCAGCAAAUGGUAUUAUAUCCGACCAUACAUCGUCUUCACCGCAUUCUGGCCGCAAACCACGUCGCAAUCGUACAACAUUCUCCUCAGGACAAUUAACAGCAUUGGAAAAGGUGUUUGAGCGUACCCACUACCCCGAUGCUUUUGUGCGUGAGGAAUUGGCCACUAAAGUGGGUUUGAGUGAGGCGCGCGUACAAGUGUGGUUUCAGAAUCGUCGUGCUAAAUUUAGACGUAAUGAGCGUAGUUCAACCACUGGCCGACCUUUAAUUACAACCACCCCACAACCCGUGCCACCCAUAACUUCGGCCCACAAGUUCUCAGCCGACAAAAGUGCAGUGUUUUUGCAACAGCAAAUGGAUUUAUCACAUCCCCAUCAUCCACAUCAUCAUGCUGCUGCCGCCGCUGCUGCAUACUCGUUGAGCUUUCCCUCGUUGGGAAUGUAUGCGUCGACAAAAAAUUACGUUAAUUCUUCGUACAAUACAUUUGCAACGGCUAAUGGCAGUUCGACGAAUGAAGGAUUAACAGGACCUUGUGGAUUCUUUGCUUCGUCUAAUUAUUGUGCGCCCAACUAUCAACCAAAUUAUUCAGCAUUAAGAUAUAAAAGUGCUCAAGGUUUUUCUGGUUUAUGAGAGUGAC